CUCCAGCCGCAGCGCCGGCCCGGGUGUCACCAGGCUCCCACGCACAGAGCAACAGGCCUUGUGCUGUCCAAGCUCUUUCAGCCUCUGAAUCUUCGGGAGGACAGCGCGGGGCUGGACAGCAGAUCCGAUGAGCUGACGUGUAAGAGUCAGAGGCUGAUGAUGCAAGCAGGGUUAAUUUACCCCUCCGGCCCUGGCUGCUACUGCUACAUGCCCUACACUGUUCGAGCAAUGGAGAAGCUUGUCAAGGUGAUAGACCAAGAAAUGCAGGCUAUUGGGGGACAGAAGCUAAAUAUGCCCAGUUUAAGUUCUGCAGAGCUCUGGAGAACCAGUGGAAGGUGGGUUGCAGACAGGCACAGCAAAGAGUACUGCCUGGGACCGACGCACGAAGAGACCAUCACGGACCUGAUUGCCUCCCAAGGGAACUUGUCCUACAAGCAACUGCCACUCCUAGUGUAUCAGAUAACACGGAAGUUUCGAGAUGAACCCAAGCCCCGGUUUGGCUUGCUGCGCAGCAGGGAAUUCUACAUGAAGGAUAUGUACACAUUUGACACCUGCGAGGAAGCUGCUCACCAGACCUACAGCCUGGUGUGUGAGGCCUACUGCAACUUGUUUAACAGGUUGGGGUUCCAAUUUGUCAAAGUGCAGGCAGAUACAGGCAGCAUUGGGGGUAGUAUGUCCCAUGAGUUCCAGCUCCCUGCAGGUGUCGGAGAGGACAGGCUGUUGAUCUGUUCCAACUGUGGUUUUUCAGCUAAUGUGGAAAAAAUAAAUCCUGGCCAGACAGACUGCCCAGCUUGCAAGGGAAAAUUAGCUGAGACCAAAGGGAUUGAGGUUGGGCAUACAUUUUAUCUGGGCACCAAGUACUCGUCUGUUUUUAAUGUCAUCUUCCACACUGCUGAAAAUAAGCCUGUUCUAACAGAAAUGGGUUGCUAUGGCUUGGGCAUAACUCGGAUUCUGGCAGCUUCUAUCGAGGUGCUGUCAACAGAAGACAGCAUCCGUUGGCCAACCCUCAUUGCACCUUACCAGGUCUGCCUCAUUCCCCCUAAGAAAGGCAGCAAGGAAGAGAUAGGUGCAGCAAUAAUGGAUAAUUUAUAUGACAGUAUUGUUGAAGCCGUGCCUCAGAUAAAAGGGGAUGUUGUGCUGGAUGACAGGACUCAUUUGACUAUUGGUAAAAGAUUAAAGGAUGCUAACAGACUUGGUUACCCAUAUGUUCUAAUAGCUGGGAAGAAAGCUUUUGUUAAUCCCCCUGAGUUUGAAGUUUGGAAUCAAAACACUGGGGAGAUCAUGUUCCUUACUAAAGAAGGUGUAAUUGAAUUUCUGAGUAAAGUGCAAGUUCCCUGACUUUCCUGUCUUUGGUCUGUUAUCCUUGGGAUUUUAAACGAACCGCAGUUCCUGGCAUUAAUGAUAUAUAUAUUUGGCAUGAAAUCUAAUCCGUUUCAAAACAUGAGUUAGAACUACUUUUUAAAUCCUGCCCCUGUAUCCCUGUUAACUUCUGUGGGUUUCACAAUCAUGUUCUUUUUCCUCCUAUUGCCAUGUGAUGUACCCAAACAAAGGGGGAAACCAGCCAAGGCUUUGAUCCUGUCACAAUUAAUAUGCUUACUUGUAUUGACAGUUCCAUGCUUGAAUGAAAAUGCAGGCUCAGGCUAUGUCUAGACUGCAUUGCUUUUCUGGGAUUCCGAAGCCCAGGGAGAUUACUUAGAAACCCUGGAAGCUGAAUAGCACAUACUGCCUCACCUGCUCUAGAACCACCAUGAGACAUCAUAAAGCAAAAAUAUCCCUCGCCAAACCCCCAACCAGGGAGGCCAGUGGCCCUGGCAGCACUAGAGAAGGCUGAGUCACUCCUAGCUUAUACCUACUAAUCAUGGAUUCCUAUGGGUAGCUGGCUUGGAGUUAGGGUUCCCAAAGGUAGGGCUCCCUACCCUGCAAUUCAGAAGAGUUCUGCAAAAGUCCUGCCUCAAGGAUCCAGUUUCAGGGUCUUAAGCUUAAAUACUAACAUGUUCUUUCUCUAGCUACCGAAUCUCACUUGCAUACCCAAUGAGCUGCCAUUU